AUGAAGAAAAGCAUUGAAAGCCUGCUGGAAAAGUACCAGUCGUUUGGGAUAUACGAGGAAAAAAAGGGCGCAAUUGCCAGAUAUUCAGACAAGCACAGGAAGUACAAGGACGGAACAAUACACAUCAUAACGGCCAUCCACAGCAGAUCAGAAGACUACCCAAACGAGCUUGUUGAGAGCGGCUUUGGGCACGGGGAGAAGUACAAAACAAAGGGCGCUUCGGAGGAGCACAUAUUCACAACAAGCAUUGAUAGCGAGGUGGAGGAGUCCGAGGAGAGCGAGAGCAAUCCGCCCUCGGAGAACGAGGACAUGGAAAACGACUACAUGGAAAACCACUACGAGGACGACGACGACGAAACACCAGGCGAGAGCGAAGACGUGAUUUAG